AUGGUUUUACUUGUUUCAAUGCUCUUUGGCAUACAGGCACUUUGCUGCUGGGCUGCCUCUCUUCCUGCCAGUGAAGCAGCAACUACUUUGCUCUCCCCUGCCUGUGAUGACACUGCAGUAGAGAAGGCUGCAGAUCUGGCUCUUCGCCAGAUCAAUGCUGACCGAAAAGAGGGCUACAUACUCAGACUCAAUAGAAUUUUCAAUGUCCGAGAACAUCCUCAGGAGACCACUGGUUCUGUCUUCUAUCUCAUCCUGGAUGUAGUAGAUUCUGAAUGCCAUGUACUCAGCAGGAAGUUGUGGAAGGACUGUGCACCCAGACUUGCUCAUAAAACUGUUUAUGGUCAAUGCAAAGCAGCUAUCUACAUUAAUCAGGCAAGAAAUAUUGCUCAUCUGAAUACUUAUGAGUGCACUUUACAACCAGUUCCACGUAGACAUAUUUGGAGAAUAUGUCCUGACUGCCCAGUUGAUGACAGUCCAAGUGAGCCCAAAUAUUUGGAGGCUGCUGUGCAAAGCCUUGCCAAGUUCAAUGAAGAGAGUGAACACUCGCAUUAUUUCUCUGUUCUUAAUGUCACAAGAGCAUCAAUGCAGUGGGUCAUUGGCCCUGCACAUUUUGUGGAGUUUUUAAUUCAGGAGACAUCCUGCUCCAAAACUGACACGAUUGCUGACAUCUCCAAGUGCAAGCCCCUUUCAUCAGAACUGGCUCAAACAGGUUUCUGCAAAGGCUCCGUAACAAAGAGUCAUUUGGAACAAAAACAGUUUGUCACAGUAUCAUGUGAAAUCUACAGUCUGCAGGAUCCUGCCACUGACAAGGAGAAACAGCAAGAUAAUCAGACACCUGGAAAAUCUAGCCAGGAUCAUCAACAAGUUUCCACCUCAGAAGACAGUCCUUUCUCCCCACACCUAUUAAAAACAGUGGAAGAUCAAAAGAAACAUGAAGAUGGAAAGCCUGUUCCACCUGAGGCUGUAGGAUCUAUGCCCACUCUUGAUGGAGAAAAGACUCAAGUAGACAAAACAGAUUUGACCAAACCACUCACUGAACCAAGUAUUCUCCCUUUUCCUGAAGAAUUUUCUCUAUCAGACUCAUGCCCAGGAGAAGUAAAAGAGGAAAAUUUCAUCCUCCAGCCUUUAUUGCCUAAAAAGUCAAAAGUUUAG